GAUCCGCUGCGGCCGCGGUGGGCGGUGAGCGAGGGCCGGCGAGCGAGCAGGAGUUUGAACAGAAGCAGCGCUGCCUAGGCGGAAACUGUUGACUUAUUUAAAACAAAAAAACAAAACAAAAAUCAGGACACGACGAGUUUAUAUAUGUUUAUGUCGAUUUCUUCUACAAUCCCCGCACACUGUAACUGCUAAAGCCCGGCGUGGAGUGAACGGGACGCCGCCUCUGGGGACCCUGAAGCCGGCGUCGCUCGAAGGACCAUCAACAGAGUCAAGUGAUCUGAGGUGGCGGAAGAAAAACACCUGUGCACCUCCUCGGAUGAUAACUCUCACAUCCUCGACAAACCUAUCGCAACACAUUACGAUAUCUGUCCCAACUGAAGACAACAAAAUGUCGAUGAUGGUGCUCACUGGGAAGCGUUCGGAGAAAGGUCCCGCCUGCUGGAAGAGGAGGGUCAAGUCUGCAUACAUGAGGCUGCGGCAGCUUAAACGAUUCAGACGGGCGGACGAGGUCAAGAGCAUGUUCAGCACCAAUCGUCAGAAAAUCCUGAAGCGAACUGACAUUCUAAACCAGGAGUGGAAGACACGGCGGAUCCAGCCCAUCCACAUCAUGACGUCUGUGAGCUCUUUGAGAGGAACUAGAGAGUGCACGGUGGACAGCGGCUUCUCCGAGUUCCCCCGGCAGGUCAUCCCGCUGAAGACGCUCAACGCUGUGGCCUCAGUCCCAGUCAUGUACUCGUGGUCACCGCUGCAGCAGAACUUCAUGGUGGAGGACGAGACGGUGCUUCAUAACAUCCCCUACAUGGGAGACGAGAUCCUGGACCAGGACGGGACUUUCAUAGAAGAGCUCAUCAAGAACUAUGACGGCAAAGUCCACGGAGACAGAGAGUGCGGCUUCAUCAACGACGAGAUCUUCGUGGAGCUCGUCAACGCUCUGUCACAGUCCAGCGACAACGAGGACGACGAUGAGGACGAAGAGACGGACUUUAAGGUCGAAAAGAUGGAGCUGUGCGGCAGCAAGGAGCGUCCGGACGAUCUGUACAGCGAGAGUCGAACGAGCAGCGAUAGCAGCAGCAAGAAGUUUCCCUCUGACAAGAUUUUUGAAGCCAUCUCAUCCAUGUUCCCCGACAAGGGAUCCACCGAGGAGCUCAAGGAGAAGUUCAAGGAGCUGACGGAGCAACAGCUUCCUGGUGCUCUGCCACCCGAGUGCACGCCAAACAUCGACGGCCCCAACGCUCGCUCUGUGCAGCGUGAGCAGAGUCUGCACUCGUUCCACACACUGUUCUGCAGACGCUGCUUCAAAUAUGACUGCUUCCUCCACCCUUUUCACGCGACUCCAAACACCUACAAACGCAAGAACCUGGAGAACCUGGUGGAGAGUAAACCCUGCGGCAUCGACUGCUACAUGUACCUGGUGCAGGACGGGAUGGUGAGAGAGUACCCGGCAGGCACGGUCGCAGAACGACCCAAAACCCCGUCCAAGCGCCCGGUGGGACGCCGGCGCGGUCGGCUACCCAACAGCAACAGCCGCCCCAGCACGCCCACCGUUUCCUCGGAAACCAAAGACACAGACAGCGACCAGGAGGGCAGCAAGGAGGAUGAGCGGGACAACGACGAAGACAAGAAGGACGACAACACCAGCAGCUCAGAGGGAAACUCGCGGUGUCAGACUCCGGUGAAGAUGAAGCUGAGCAGCAGUGCUGAGGCGGUGGACUGGAACGGAGCAGAGGCUUCUCUCUUUAGGGUUCUCAUCGGGACGUACUACGACAACUACUGCGCCAUCGCUCGUCUUAUUAGCACCAAGACCUGCAGACAGGUCUACGAGUUCAGGGUCAAAGAGUCUAGCAUCAUCGCUCGGGCGCCCACUGAAGACGAGGACACGCCUCCGAGAAAGAAGAAGAGGAAACAUCGACUUUGGGCCACUCACUGCAGGAAGAUCCAGCUGAAGAAAGACGGCUCGUCCAAUCACGUGUAUAACUACCAGCCAUGUGACCACCCGCGUCAGCCGUGUGACUCGUCCUGUCCCUGUGUCACCGCUCAGAACUUCUGUGAGAAGUUCUGCCAGUGCAGCUCUGAGUGUCAGAACCGGUUCCCGGGUUGUCGGUGCAAAGCCCAGUGUAACACCAAGCAGUGUCCGUGUUACCUGGCAGUGAGGGAGUGUGACCCAGACCUCUGCUUGACCUGCGGCGCCGCCGACCACUGGGACAGCAAGAACGUAUCCUGCAAGAACUGCUCCAUCCAGAGAGGAGCCAAGAAGCACCUGCUGCUCGCUCCAUCAGACGUGGCGGGCUGGGGAAUCUUCAUCAAGGAGCCGGUUCAGAAGAACGAGUUCAUCUCUGAGUACUGUGGAGAGAUUAUUUCUCAGGACGAAGCGGAUCGUCGAGGAAAAGUCUAUGACAAAUACAUGUGCAGUUUCCUCUUCAAUCUCAACAACGACUUUGUCGUCGAUGCCACGAGGAAAGGAAACAAGAUCCGCUUCGCGAACCACUCGGUCAACCCGAACUGCUACGCUAAAGUGAUGAUGGUGAAUGGCGAUCACAGAAUCGGGAUUUUUGCAAAGCGAGCGAUUCAGACGGGGGAGGAGCUUUUCUUCGACUACAGGUACAGUCAGGCCGACGCCCUCAAGUACGUGGGAAUUGAGCGGGAGAUGGAGAUCGCCUGAUCCUCACGUCUACCUCCACUGAGGCCUUUUACACACACACACACACAGCUGCAGGAAAUUCCCCAUGACUCGUCAAAAAGCUCCAACGCUUCAGGAACUGUGGGAAUUUUCCUUUUUUUUCACCGCUCUCACCAAAUCUUCCUCAUAUCAUUAAGAUGCAAAGUUUCAGAUUUAGAUCAUCUGCAAACUAUGUUAAAAAAAAAAACAUUGGACAAACCCUCAACUGUGUUUUUACAAAAAAAACAACUUCAGGGACCAAAAUCCUGCACCAGCUGCUUUUUGUUUGUUUUUCAUCCACAUGCAGCCACAAUUCACAAAAUACCAGUUUUUACCUUUUUUUCCUUUGCUUGUCUUUGAUUUAUGUGGUGAUGAAACGUCUUACUUAAAGGUCCAGUCUGCAAGAUUUGAGCAUCAUUCUAAGUUUCAGACCAAAAACAAAAAGCUAAUGUUUCUACGCUAGCGUCAAAUCCUCAAUAAUGUAGAGUUUGUGAGUUUUCACAUUCACAUGGUUAAAGCUGUCACAUUUGACCGCAGCAUCAUAUUCACGUACUGGAGUCCAAGGUUUUACAACAGUCCUUGAAUGCGUUGGACAGACACGCGACCCAUGACUCAUACGAUAUAUAAAUUGUGCGGAAAAUAAAUAUAAAAAACACGAUGCGUUUGCGGCUCUUGCAGAGAAAACCCUGUAAAUUCCUGUUUGAAACACCAGGGGGCGACACCUUUUUUUUUUACGUUGAAAGGCUGCAAUCAAUUAUACAAUUAGCUGUGUUGGUUGCUGAUGUGUUUAUCUCAAACUUUAAAAUCAUGAUUAAAUUUUUUUUUUUAAAUCCCAAUAAUGAAAAGUCAUCAGCUGUUCAACUAGUUAAUUGUGUUGUAUAAAUAUUUAUCGGACAGUCAGAACACCUCUGCUGCUGUGAUGCCCUGCCCUUGUCGGGAUUCCCCGCCCUCUGCUGUGCCUUCAGUCCUGAACGCGUAACCCACCCCCGCCCACUUUUUCAUUUUCCCACACUGCAUGAAAACAUGUCAUUGUGCUGCCCCCUGUAGUGACAGUGAAACAUUACACUCAAAAAACUGCCAGCUGAUUUUUUGAUUUUUUCAUGAUGAGAAAACUUGAGAUUCCCAAACCUCACAUAGACAUUAAAGGGACAGUCCAGUUUUGUUUUUUGUAUUUGUUUUUUUUUUAAGUUUGUAAACCGUUCUCUCUCCCACACCACUGAGAAAAUCAGUGAUUUUAACAUCACACCACACAGGAGUAGUUGGUUCGCUGCCGCCUCCAUCACUAAGUUCAAAUGUCAUAUUUUUCAUUCAGAUUGACCUCAGUGACACAAAGUGACCGCAGGAGGCAGCAGUAGACCAGCAGCUCCUGUGUCCCCAUGAACUAAAAUCACUGAUUUCCUCUAUGGGGUUUGGUGUGGGAGAAAGACGUGAACAAAAACCUGAACUAUCCCUUUAAUGAGCAUGUAAACAUAGUCGAACAAAUUUUUUUUUCCAUGUUUACAUUGGAUUCUGGACAUCAGGGAAAAGUCGCACAUGCUCCGCCCUCAAUCAAUCAUGAGCUUGUGAGUGAUUGGCUCCCCCUUGUGGCACUUGAAAAAUGCUGUAUGUUUUUUUUUGUUACUGUAGAUUGAAUCAUGCAUCACAUCUGUGAGACCACUUCCUGAAAUCAAAUGUAAAUUUAUCGUCCAGGAUCGUUAAUUUUUUUUUUUUUUUAACUUUCUGCUCGUCUGUGUUUGGAUUGCCGAGUCACACGACCACCUGCAGAUCAUUUGUUUCCUUCGAUGUUACCGGUGCUGAUUUUGUACGUUUACAGGGAUUUGUUGUUGUUCACUGAUUAAAAAUUAAAAUAUAACAACUUUG